AUGUCGUGGAAACGGAGCGAGAGGCUGAUGGACACCAUCAAGUAUUCGUCUGACAUACCACCAGGUGUCUCCUUACGGCAGAUGGUACAAUUUGGAGAGAAGCCAUCUACGGGAACCCUCUUCCGCGCGUCACAAUUCCUUUCUGAAGAACUGCCCAUACGGUUAGCCCACCGAGUGGAGGAGCUCAACGAACUUCCAGAUGGCCUCAAUGAGAUGCCCUCGAUUCAAAGAGUGCGCGACUGGUAUGCGCAGUCAUUCGAAGAACUCGUCGAACUGCCCCGGCCGACCCUCUCGAGCGAGGUCAAGGAGCGACUCCUCAAACCAGCGAAGAAAGCCGGCGACAAGAGCCUGAUGAGCAAGCCGACGCAGAACCCCAGCAUCAAAACAGGACAAUACCGUUCCGCGCCGACGACGAACGGCAACGGCAAUGGCAACGGAAACGGCGGCACCAUCACAAAAGAAGUGAAAGGCGCGAGCCGGAGAUACUAUGCCGCGGCAGACGACGGACAGGAAUGGCCGCCAGAGCUGGGCGCAUACAACACAAAGUUCGCAGACACAUUGGAGAAGAUCAAGAGGCGGCACGACAGCGUCGUUACGACGGUCGCACAGGGUAUUCUCGAGUGGAAGCGCAAGAGGCAAAGGAUGCAGAUCGACCACAACAUUCAAGCCUUCCUCGACCGUUUCUACAUGUCGCGUAUCGGUAUCCGUAUGCUCAUCGGCCAGCACAUCGCCCUCACAGACCAACGCUCGCGAAACGAUCCCAACUACGUCGGUAUAAUCUGCACAAAGACCAAUGUCCAAGAACUGGCUCAGGAGGCUAUUGAGAAUGCGCGUUUCGUCUGCGAGGACCACUACGGACUAUUCGAUGCGCCGAAGGUCCAGCUCGUAUGCAACCCGGAUAUCAGCUUCAUGUACGUGCCAGGACAUUUGUCGCACAUGCUCUUCGAGACUCUCAAGAACUCGCUGCGUGCUGUGGUGGAAAGACAUGGACAGGACAAACAAGAGUUCCCCGUAACCAAGGUCAUCGUUGCAGAGGGCAAGGAGGAUAUCACAAUUAAGAUUUCGGAUGAAGGAGGCGGUAUCCCACGAUCAUCGAUCCCACUGGUAUGGACAUACAUGUACACGACCGUCGACCAAACACCGAGCCUGGACCCCGACUUCAACAAGAGCGAUUUCAAAGCACCCAUGGCUGGAUUCGGUUACGGGUUACCCAUAUCAAGGCUAUACGCACGCUACUUUGGAGGAGAUUUGAAGUUGAUUUCUAUGGAAGGAUACGGCACAGAUGUCUACCUCCACCUCAACCGCCUCUCCUCCUCCUCAGAACCUCUGCAAUAG